AUGGCGGCGAAAGGCUGGGGCAAGUCGAAGGUCACGCGGGAGUCCCUCCUCCCGUACGUCGCUUCCGGGGUCAUCCCGGAGUUCAAUCAAGAGCGAUGCAUCAAGGUCUCCGACCUCGGGCCGCAUAGCGUCCAACAGAUUUCUCUGUUCGUGGCGCUGUGCGAAUGCUACUUGGGCUGUCCGCCCUACUUCCCACUGUGGGUGUCAAUCUUCCACGGGCGGGCGACUCGGGCCAGCAAGAACAGCGAAGCGCUCAUCCUGAACGGUGGGAUCACCUUCCAGUACACUCCCCCCGGCGAGGUCUGCAUUCCUCAGUACAGCCCCGAGCCAAGCAUCCCGUGGCGCCUCAAUGUCCGGUCGCUGCCGCGCGAGCAGGAGGAGGUGGUGAAGGAGAUGCGCCAAGCGAUCCAGGCGCUGAAGGAUAGCGGCCUGACGGCGGUCGAUAUGUACAACUGUUGGCUCGGCCGGCGGCUGAUCCCCCUGCGGUGCCGAGCUCACCCCAUGUGGGAGUACCGGGGGCAGAACGACCGCACCCGGUCGACAGCGACCGAAUGGGACGAGGGCGAGUACCGGAAGGCGCUCGCCAAGAUCACCACUGCCACCUUUACCUCCUUCGAGGACGGCCUGCAGCCCUACUCCGAAGAUACCCCGGCGCCUCAGCGCUGGCAGAAGAUCGCUGACCACCUCCCCCCUCUCGCCGGGAAGGAGCCACCGGAGAUGACCGAAGGCGAGGAGGAAGAGGUCGACGACGAGGAGGAGUGCACCGAGUCGGAUUCCGAGGCGCGGGACUUCAUCAGACUCCCGCGCGGGUCGAAGAGGGGUACCGAGUCCUCGUCCCAGGGCGCAGCUGAAGAGGAGGCGACCUCUCGUCCGGAGGGCAAGGCGGAGCCCUCCAAGGAAGGGGCUGAGCCGCUAUCGAAGCGACUGCGCCCCACUCUCCUGGAAGGGUCCAUGAGGCUUCAGCGCCCCUUGAAGGACGCGAUCGACGCGGGAGCUCGGGCCGGUCCAGGCGUAAAAGCGAUUCCCACGGUGAGGUAA